UUACGUUCAUGUCCUCGGAUCUCGAGUGCUCCACUGAGGAGAAACGAACCUUCGUUUCUCUGCACCCGCCUCCAAAUCAAAUCAAUGGCGUCUCCUCCGCCACAAGAUCCAAUGGCAUCUCCUCCGCUUCCUACUGCAGCCCCUCACCCUUCUCUUCUGAUUGAGAUCGGAGCCGACGGCAUCACCAGAGAGUCCCCCGUUAUUGCCUACACCGAGAGGAUCAUUGAGGCGGAGAAGCUCCAGUUGAAGAGGUAUAUCCAAGAAAACUAUUCAAAGAUACGAGAAGUAGAACGUGAAUUUGAGAAUCUUACUUUGGAGUUGAAACUUACAGCUGGGUCAAAGAAAGCAGCACUUGAGCAUUUGCGCAAGAAGAUUGAAUUAUCUGCUGAGAAGAUACAUGCAGCUAAACUUAAGGAAGAACAAGCAAAAAAGGCUUGGGAAGCUGCAGCUCUAGCUGUUAAAAACGAGGAGGCAAUCAAGCUGAAGAUUUGUGAUGAUCUGAACCAGUUGGUCCAAGAAAGCACCAGCACUCAGUUUUUAAGAUUGGAGGAGCUAAAAAGACGAUUGGAGGCUCUCAACCCCAGCAGAAUAUCUUCUGAUGCUCCAGAUGGGAAAAUCAUGCAGCAGACACCUAGUAAUGCUGCAGGACUCCCAACUGCAGCGAAUCAAUCAGCACCCGCUAGUGUUGCUGAUGCAAAUGCUGCAGCUAGUAGCAGCAGGCCAGCAUCAUCCGACGAAAAGAAUCAACGAGUUACUGAAAUGAAAGAUAAGAAGAGAGUCAUUAACUCUGGAAGAGCAAAGGGCAACAUGCUAUUGUCGAAGGGAAGAGGAUCCGGGUCUGGCUGGACCGGAUCUGGGUUCAACGUCGAUAGUGGCAUGUGAGGAACAGUUGAUUUUGGAGCCACCUUCCAGAAGAUACAGAAUCUAAGUAAACAAAAUGACAGGGAGGUUAGUUCGAAAAUCUCCAUCUCUUUGCGCCUCAAUUUUUAACUAAAUGUGUUCUCCUCCUAAUGAUUGUUAGGGAAAUCAUGUGUCCCAAUGGGAUAGCGUAGGCUAAUAGUUACUGAAUAUAUAGAGUGUAAGUGCAUUUCUUUGUUGAUUGCCAAUUUACGGCAAGACCAGUACUUAUCAUAGUGAACUUUCUUUUUUUCCAAUCUCUUUUUGUUCAAUUCAGUUUAACCCGUUUAAAUAGUACAAGACAUCAGGUCAUAAAAACAACAAUUUACGGACAGUAGCUUGUGAGGACUUGAGUUUGUACAUUAACACAAGGAAUAUAUAUACUCUCUCUUUCAGUCUCCAAUGACUUGGAUUGAUCUGUUUUACUGUUUAUAUGAGAUUCAUUCAUAUUCUUUUUGAGAGGGGGAGUAUCAUAAGAUAAUCUGCAUGAUUUAGUGUGCGUUUGAAAGGAAUCGACAAGGAAGAGGAAGAGGAAGAGGAAGAGAUAACAAUGAAUGAAUAGAGAAGCGUUUGGUUUGAGCACUAGACUUGGGCAUUACCAUGAGAAUUGUAUUGAUUUAAAGGCUCGCGUGCGCCCAUGUGCCUCGCCGCUCCACUUAAGUUAAUCUUCUUAUUUUCUUCAUCAAUCAAUCACAAAAUCUAUAUUAAAUGAUAAUCAGCAUUUCCCAAAACCGUUCCGGCAUGUGAAAUCAUAUGAGAAUCAUGUGCAAUGAUAAGAGUGAGGGUUAAUAAUCCCCUUAUUCAACUCGCUACUCCCUUAGAUUCUUCACCAAUUUGUAUUUCUUUUAUUAUGAGCAAACCUAAUCGCAUUAAAUUAAUUUCCGUAUGAUUCAGUUAGUGCUUAAGGAUUUAUUAAUCACCUCAGCAUGUGUUUUUUUUUCUUAAAUAAAAAAGUAUUGGAGAGUAUCUAAUUUGACUGAGUUUUAAGUUUUUAUUCAAAUUCCUUCUAAUCGGUAAGAUAACUUAUUACUCUCGAGAUAAUGAAAUAUUUAUCAACAU